AUGCCCCCCCAAGACAGUCUCCUCGACUCAGACCGAAGCCAUCGAGCUCUGCGCCCUGUUCGAGUUCAUGCACGUCAACACUGCAGAACAUUAUAUAUACUUUCGAGGAGAAAUCAGUAUUAUAUACAAGCCUCUUUCGAGUGGAGUUCCAGGAGUAGAUGGAAGCACCAAGUCAACGCCUUCUUCGGGAGGAUGCUAGCUCUCUUCCUAGGCAUUAGGGACCCGACUCAAGGCAUCGCAAAAGUCGCACAUUCUUUUCACUUGAACAUCGGUGUUCGGGACUUCUCCACAAUGUAUGAUGGCAGUGAUUCUCGAGGUCGAUGCUUUGGGACCCCACAAGCCUCACUCCGCCGUGUGGAAGAGAAAGCACGAGUAUAUACUGUGGAGACCAUUCCACCACCAAAGCGCCAGUAUUUCCUACCCCACCAUUCUCGAACCGCAUUCUGCAUCUUGACGUGGCUAUAUAUAGCAGAAUGUUUGCGCCGUUCCCUGAAAUCGCUUGGGGACGUCUGUCCAGAUUUCUCGAGUCAACGAUGGUGGAAGAUUCGGUGCAUGGCCACGUUGAGCGUGUGGAUCCUACCAAGCUUCCGUGUCCUGCUUCAAAAAGCACAAGAGUCGACUGGCCUUGCAAGAUGUCUUGCGUACAUGCAGCUUGCCAACCUCGCGUCUCAAUACCAGCCCAGAGAUGCAGUUAUGAUGAAGAAGAGCAUCACAGUGGUAUCCUCGAUCCAGGCAAUCAUGCUUGAGAUCCAGAAGGACUUAGGACUUCGAGAGGCUGUAUAUAUUGAUCAACCCUCUUUCGUUCAAGCAUCACAGAGAAGAGUGUAG